AUGCAUCUAACAACAACCACCACCAAUUCGACGGCAUCCAAUGCCAACAACAACAACAACAAUUCGACAACAAACAACAACAACAACUCAACAACAAACAACAACAAUAACAGUUCAACAGCGAACAACAACACGAGUAACACCAAUGGCACCAACAACACCAACACCAACAACAACAACACGGAGCAGAACACACCACCCACACCCGCCCAAUUAUUGAACGAGGCAUACACGAAAAUGACGUCGGACAUCCUGGCCGAACGGACCCUCGGUGACUUCCUCACCGAACACCCCGGCGAGCUGAUCCGCACGAGCAGUCCGCUGUUCGUCUGCACCGUCCUACCGCCGCACUGGCGGUCCAACAAGACACUGCCGGUGGCCUUCAAGGUGGUGUCGCUAGGCGAUAUCAUGGACGGCACCAUGGUCACGGUGCGGGCCGGCAACGAUGAGAACUACUGCGCCGAGCUGCGCAACUGCACGGCGGUGAUGAAGAACCAGGUGGCCAAGUUCAAUGAUCUCCGGUUUGUGGGCAGGAGUGGCAGAGGGAAAAGCUUCACGCUCACCAUCACCGUGUCAACGAAUCCACCGCAUAUAGCCACCUACAACAAGGCGAUCAAAGUGACUGUCGACGGGCCACGCGAGCCCCGCUCCAAGACAAUGCUAUCCCUUUUAGGACAACAACAGCAGUUCCACUUUGCCUUCGGCCAGCGACCAUUCCACUUCUCAACGGAUCCCCUAUCCGGCUUCCGUAUGCCGCCCAUUGGCAACUGUCAGAGUGCCAGCAACACGCACUGGGGCUAUGGAUCCGCAGCAUCUGCCUACUCUCCGUACUUGGCCAGCAGCGGGCUCUCCUCCUGCACCACCCCCACAUCGGCACAGUUCAACAAUCCGGCGCUGGGAUUCACCUGCUCCUCGAACGAUCAGAGCAACAAUCAGGACUUUGGCGGCGCCACCAAUCGCGACUGUGUGCCAAUGCUACCCGAUUCGACGGCCAGUGAUCUGGACCAGCAUCUGAGCAGCCUCGUGGGCUCCACCAGUGGCCAGAUGACGCACCACAGCCUCCUGGGCGCCACCGGGCAAACGUCCAUCUCCUCGACCGUGAACGGAGCGAGUGCCGGCAGUGCUGGCACCGGCGGCACUGGCGCUGGGGGAGCUGGCAGCGGCGGAGCCGGAGGCAACUCGAUCCUGGUGCCGCGCUACCACACCAAUGCCAGCAACGACUACAACGUCCACUCCAGCCAGAACGGGCCGCGCAGCCUGAGCGACAGCUCCCAGGCCGAGUCGCCGGUGCAGGAGGAUCUGCUCUCAACGAACACCCCCAAUCUGGGCAGCGGCACCGGUGGCGGCGGCGGCACAGCCAACGGCGGGGCGGCCAAUGGCGGUGCGGGAGCGGCAGGAGGGGGCGCCGGCAGUGCCUCCUCGGCGGGUGCCGCCGCAGCUGUGGGCGUGGGCAAUCCAGGCGCCAUGCUCGGCGCCAAUCAAAACUUCCCGGGCAUCGUAAACCAGGCGCAGCACGCCUCGGCCUCGGCCUACGGCGGCGGGGCUGGAGUGGGUGGCGGACACGGCAGUGCCGCGGCAGCAGCGGCCGGAUGCAAUGGAUCGCUGUACCCGGUCCUGCCCGCCAGCCUCCUCUACUCGCAGCUGUACACGGCGGCCAAUCAGUCGGCCCACGGCUUCCACUCGCACACGCUACCGGCCCACGCCUCGCCCAACUCCUCGGUGCAUGGGGAGCUCCAGAGCGUGAUGGAUCACAUCAGCAAUGUGGGGGUGCGCCAGCAGCACAACAUCAUGGCCGGCGGGGGUGUGACCCAUCCGGGCGACCUCACGCUGAUCGGCAACUGCGGGGCGUCGGUGAGGAAUAUCGAGGACGGUAACAGCAAUCGUCAGGUGGCCGCCUUAGCUGCCCAUCGCGGCCACCACAAUCCCACUGACAAUGGGGGCAGCGUGUGGAGGCCAUAUUGAGGUCAGGUUCUGUGGUGCGGCUCUGCGGUUCUAUAGUGCGAGGGGCGCGCAGCGGAGACGCAGCACGAGGAGCAGGG